AUGUCUAGUUCCGGCGGCAGUAACCCAAAAAAACCACGCAUCGAUUCAAAUAGUUUACUUUCAGCUAUACCUUCGCGAAUGCCGUUAUCAAAUGGCCCUAGCUCAUCGGGUGCUCGUCCACUUGUUGCAUUACUCGAUGGACGUGAUUGUACAAUUGAAAUGCCUAUAUUGAAAGAUAUUGCAACGGUAGCGUUUUGUGAUGCACAAUCAACAUCGGAAAUCCAUGAAAAAGUUUUAAAUGAAGCUUCGGCUGCAUUAGUUUGGCAUGCGAUUACAUUGAAAAAAGAAGAUUUAGCAAAAUUCAAAGCUCUGAAAUUAAUUGUACGCAUCGGCGCUGCCUAUGAUAAUAUUGAUAUUAAAGCAGCUGGUGACCAAGGUAUUGCCGUAUCCAAUAUUCCAUCACUAUACGUUGAAGAAAUGGCUGAUACAACAUUAAGUAUGAUAUUAAAUUUAUAUCGUCGUACAGCAUGGUUAGCGCAAACAGUUAAAGAAGGUAAACGUGUGUCAACACCGGAACAAAUUCGAGAAGUUGCAGCUGGGUGUGCAAGAAUUCGAAAUGAAACAUUAGGUAUUGUUGGUCUUGGUCAAGUCGGUAUGGCUGUCUCUAUGCGCGCAAAAGUAUUUGGUUUUAAUGUUAUAUUUUUUGAUCCUUAUCUCUCGGAUGGAAUUGAGAAAGUUUUAGGAAUUACUCGUGUAUUUACAUUACAAGAUUUACUCUAUCGUUCAGAUUGUGUCACACUUCAUUGUUCACUUAAUGAACAUAAUCACCAUUUAAUUAAUGAUUUUACAAUAAAACAAAUGAGACCAGGAGCAUUUCUUGUGAAUGUAUCACGCGGUGGUCUUGUUGAUGAAACAGCGCUCGCUGCAGCAUUAAAAGAUGGUCGAAUUCGUGGUGCAGCAUUGGAUGUUCUUGAAAAUGAACCAUAUAAUAUAGCUGCUGGACCAUUAAAAGAUGCAAAUAAUCUACUAUGUACACCGCGAACAUCAUGGUAUAGUGAAGCUAGUUCACAAGAAAUUCGCGAAAAUGCAGCACAUGAAGUACGUCGUGGGUUGACAGGAAAACUACCUGGUGCACUUCGAUAUUGUGUUAAUAGAGAUUAUCUUAGUGUCGCACGUUCUGCCUAUGAUGGUGUCCUUAAUGGAGUCUCGCCAUUUUCAUCAUUAUUUCCAUUAGGUGCUCCAUUUCUUUCUCAAGCAGCAGCUAAUCCACUCUUAAGUGAUGCAUCUAUUCAACAAACAUUAGCUGCAGCAGCAAAUAGCAGCACGCCAUCAUUACUUUCAUCGGCUGGUAAUAGCUCAUCUGUAGUUAUGCCACUAGCUCUUGGAGAAUCAGCCCUUCAAUCUGCAGUUAAAGCAGCAGCUGUUGCUGCACACGGAAGUAACAAUGGCGGAGAUUCAAAUGGCGGAGAUUGA